AUGUUGCGAAAUUUAGUCGGAUACAUAUCCAAGAGAGCUGAAGCUCGCGUCAUUGUGCCUCAAGACGAGAAAAUCAUAUGGAAAUUUAAUUCCGAUAAAGUAGUUAAAGAAUUUUAUUGUUUCACGGAUGCCGACCUUGGUGGUAAUUCAGAUGGAAAAUUUACAUUAAAUAGCCAAAACAAGGCCUUAUUUUCUGGUACAUUAUCUACAAAGAUAAAGCCUGGAAUGCAAUUAAAAUAUACUGGAUUCUGUUCAUUGCGAUCGAUUGUACCACGACGUUUCCCUCGUGGAGAAAUACUGCAAGACUGGAGCAAUUUCGAUGCUAUUGAAUUUCGUGUACGUGGUGACGGCAGAGCUUACCUCGUCAAUCUACAUCAUCAAACUUUCCGUCCCGACGAUUUAUUUCAAGCUUUCAUGUUCACACGCGGUGGACCCGACUGGGAAAGCGUUCGCAUCCCAUUUUCCAACUUCUUCUUGGCCAAUAGUGGUUAUAUGCAGGAUAAGGAUGCAGAUAUCUCAUAUGCUAUAGCUAGAAUCCGCACUAUUGGCUUACUGUUGGCAGAUCGAGUUGAUGGCCCUUUCCAACUGGAAAUCGACAACAUUAAAGUGGUUCGUAGCGCUAUGCAUAUAACUCGUGGAUAUCAUCAAAAUUUAACGUAUAAAGUGAAUAUGGAUCACUAUCGUAAAACAGAAAAAUACAUGAAAAAAAAUUACGGACCAGUGAGCGGUUAA